CCCAUCACCCCCUCCCCCAAUUCUCCAUCCCCUUCCCUCCUGGUCCCGGAGGACCCCGUCCUAGCCCGACCUGUUUGGGCCUGCUGCCCACGCGAAGCCGUCGGGGCCACUUCCCGCUCAUGUGGGCCCCCGAGGGCUGCCCACGCCAGUCCCCCAGCUCCCGGUUCCGCUGGGCUUUCCUUUCGCUGGGGGUGGCUUUCUGAGCCACCCACUCCGUGCCGGUCUCUGCUGCCUCUCCUGCCGCUCGGGGCCCCCGUUCCCCCUCCCGGCGGCGGGGGGCUGCCCCCGGGGGGCUGGCGGAGCUGGGCCGCGGGGGCCCCGGGGCCGGCGGUGCCGGGGUCAUCGGGAUGAUGCGGACACAGUGUCUGCUGGGGCUGCGCACGUUCGUGGCCUUCGCCGCCAAGCUCUGGAGCUUCUUUAUUUACCUUUUGCGGAGGCAGAUCCGCACGGUGAUUCAGUAUCAAACUGUUCGAUAUGAUAUUCUUCCCCUGUCGCCUUUGUCCCGCAACCGCCUAGCCCAGGUGAAGAAGAAGAUCCUGGUGUUGGAUCUGGACGAGACACUUAUUCACUCUCACCAUGACGGGGUCCUGAGGCCUACAGUGAGGCCUGGAACACCUCCUGACUUCAUCCUCAAGGUGGUAAUAGACAAACAUCCUGUCCGUUUUUUUGUACAUAAGAGACCCCAUGUGGAUUUCUUCUUAGAAGUGGUAAGCCAGUGGUAUGAGCUGGUGGUGUUCACAGCGAGCAUGGAAAUCUACGGCUCUGCGGUGGCAGACAAGCUGGACAAUAGCAGAAGCAUCCUCAAGAGGAGAUACUACAGACAGCACUGCACUUUGGAGUUGGGCAGCUACAUCAAAGACCUCUCUGUGGUCCACAGUGACCUUUCCAGCAUUGUGAUCCUGGAUAAUUCCCCUGGGGCUUACAGGAGCCACCCAGACAAUGCCAUCCCCAUCAAGUCCUGGUUCAGUGACCCCAGUGACACGGCCCUUCUCAACCUUCUCCCAAUGCUGGACGCCCUCAGGUUCACUGCUGAUGUCCGGUCCGUGCUGAGCCGAAACCUUCACCAACAUAGGCUCUGGUGACAGCUGCUCCCCCUCCACCUGAGUUAGGGUGGGGGGGAAGGGAGGGAGAACUCUCGGGGUGCCGUCUGUUGCCCUGCCAUCGUGAGGACUGUCUGGGCAGAGUCUGCUCCUCCCAUCCUCUCCGCCCUGGGGCCCUGCGCUCCAUGGAGUAUGGAUGGACACUCGGGCCAGACUGUGAAGCAGCCUCUCUCUUCCUGGUCACACUCCAUGGAAAUGCCAGACUGUGACAGGCAAAGGCCUUGGAGAGGCAGGACUGGCCAGAGUGACAGACAUAUCCCAGAGGCUCAAAAGAAGCCACGUCAACUUUGUUGUGAUUUGAUUUUUUAAAAACUCUUGUACAAAACUGAUCUAAUUCUUCACUCCUGCUCAAGGGCUGGGCUGUGGGUGGGAGACUGGGAUUUCGGGCCACUGGAUAGGAUCGGCCUCAAACUUGUCCUUCCCUGACUUUUCCUCAUUUUUUCUUUUCCCAAUCCCCUGAUACCUGUAACCAAGUCCUCUCUUCUUUUAAACCAUGCAUUAUAACUUUGAACCACAGCUGCCCGAGGUCCUUCUCUGAUGUUUUUGGAAGUGGAGGGAACUUUGUUGACGUCUGCCCUGCCCGUGAAGAGGGGCAAAUGCUGUUUGGAGUUGGGGGGAAGUGGGAUUCAGUACAGGGGUAAAGUAGUUUACA